AUGAAGUGGAACAAUGUGAAUAAGAUUUCAGUUGGUUUCGUCAUGCAUACCCUGGGAGUACUUUUAUUCGUGAUUUCUAUUGUCUCCGGUUCUUCAAACGCACGAAUUGUAGCUGGCAAUGAUACCGAGGAAGCAAUUGUUACUGGCAAUGAUAUCGAAGAAGGUUUUCCUGCCACGCAAAUUGUUGGUGGCCAUGAUGCUCCAGAAGGCAAAUAUCCAUAUCAAGUAUCAAUACUUCAUAACUUUUCACCCUCAUGUGGUGGCUCCAUUAUUAAUAGUCGUUUUAUCCUUACUGCUGCACAUUGCAUUUAUAACAAAAACUCGAAAUCCAUCAAAGUUGUUGCUGGAACCAAUUUCUAUGCCCCAGGAAGGGGUGGUGUUACUUAUAAUGCAGAAUCAUUAAUUUGGCACAGCGGCUACAAUCAAUACAGGAACUUAAAUGAUAUCGGUUUAAUACAAGUGGAUAAAGAAAUUAUAUUCUCCAGUAAAAUUCAACCGAUUGCACUUGCAGAGACAUAUUACGUCGCUGCGGGUGAAAUUGUUGCUUUGACUGGGUGGGGAACAACAAGUAGAUUAAAUCCAUCUAUUAAAUUACAAGAAAUUUACGUGCUUGUGAUGUCGCAAUCAAUGUGCGAGUCGUUGAUUUGGGAGGUGUCGAAAAAUAACAUAUGCACGAACACGACGUUAAGUACAGGUGUUUGCUUCGGUGAUUCCGGUAGUCCCGUAGUUUUGAAUGGUGUACAGAUUGGAAUUGUUUCCUAUGGUCAGCCCUGCGCAUUAGGCUAUCCUGAUGUUCAUACCAGGGUAUCACCGUACGGUAGUUGGAUAACAUUAAAGGCGACAAAAUUACAUACUAAAAAUCAUGGUCACCUGAAUAGGUGGAGUCUAUUGUUACUUGGAAUAUCAACACUUGUAUCAUAUUGGUAUUCGCUAUCGUAG